CAUGUCAGUGACUACAUAAAACAUCCAUUCAAAGUCCGGUCGGAGUUUCGACGUUCUCAGUUUCUGAUGGUACGGGGGGAGCGGCAAAUGAAGCGAUGAGCGAUAGCAUGGCAUGGCAGAGCAUGCCAUCAGCAUUGGUCUUUAAUACAUUCAUGGCUAAUGAAUAGAAUUCGUAUUUUUACUGUUUUUAAACUUCCAUUGUUCAGGCAAACGACCUCUCUUUCAUAUAAAAGCUUUAAAAGUACGAUGAGUGAACAACAUAGUUUUCCUAAGGAGGAAGAAAAGAUUUUGGAAUUAUGGAAGGAAUUAGAUGCUUUCCAAUCAUCCCUCAAGCAAUCGAAAGGAAAACCCAGAUAUACUUUCUAUGAUGGUCCUCCUUUUGCAACUGGUUUGCCUCAUUAUGGUCACAUUCUUGCAGGAACUAUCAAGGAUAUUGUCACUCGUUAUGCACAUCAGUCAGGAUAUCAUGUUGAAAGGAGAUUUGGGUGGGAUUGUCAUGGGUUACCUGUGGAAUAUGAAAUUGAUAAGAAAUUAGGUAUUACUGGACCGGAAGAUGUGCAAAAAAUGGGAAUUAAAGCUUAUAACCAAGAAUGUCGCAAUAUUGUGAUGCGAUAUUCAGGAGAAUGGGAGAAUAUUGUGUGUCGACUAGGUCGGUGGAUUGAUUUUAAAAAUGAUUAUAAAACUUUGUAUUCCUCGUUCAUGGAAUCUGUUUGGUGGGUGUUUAAAGAACUUUAUAAGAAAGGAUUAGUUUAUCGUGGCUUUAAGGUCAUGCCAUAUUCCACAAAAUGUACAACACCUCUUUCCAAUUUUGAAGCCAAUCAAAAUUACAAAGAUGUUGUGGAUCCAGCAGUGAUCAUUGAUUUUCCUCUUGAUGAUGAACCAAAUGUAAGCUUAAUUGCAUGGACUACAACUCCAUGGACAUUACCUAGCAAUGUGGCAUUAGUGGUUAACCCAAAUUUUCAAUAUGUCAAAAUAAAAGAUAAUCAAACAAGUAGAGUGUACAUUAUGAUGGAAGCCAGAAUCACUGCACUAUUUAAACAACCUGACGACUACACUAUCUUGGAAAGAUUUCAAGGAAAUACGUUAAAAGACAAGACGUACAAGCCUUUAUUCAAUUAUUUUGACCAGUUAAAAAAUAAUGGUGCAUUUCGCGUACUUUGUGACACGUUUGUGACAGAAGAUAGUGGUACUGGUGUUGUUCAUUCAGCUCCAGGGUUUGGUGAGGACGAUUACCGUGUAUCGUUAGCCCAUGGUGUGAUAACCAAAGACGGAAAAAUUCCAUGUCCUGUUGACAGUAAAGGACAUUUUACUGAAGAGGUCACUGAUUUUAAAGGCAUUCACGUCAAGGAUGCUGAUAGCAAGAUCACCAAGUUACUGAAACAACGAGGAAGAUUGGUUCAUCAAAGCACAAUAAAACAUAGUUAUCCAUUUUGUUGGAGAUCGGACUCUCCACUUAUUUAUAAAGCCGUUCCUGGCUGGUUUGUCCGUGUUGAAUCUAUUGUUGAUAAACUGCUGGUCAACAACCAAAAGUCGUAUUGGGUACCCGAAUUUGUCAAGGAGAAACGUUUUCAUAAUUGGUUGGAAAAUGCACAUGAUUGGAAUAUUUCACGAAAUCGUUAUUGGGGAACCCCCAUUCCGCUCUGGGUGAGCGAUGAUUAUGAAGAGAUUAUUUGUGUGGGGUCCAUUGACGAACUAGAAAAAUUAUCAGGAGUACGAGCAACAGAUCUCCAUCGCGAAAAUACAGAUGCGAUAACCAUUCCUUCUCAAACCGGUCGUGGAACCUUGAAAAGAAUCAGUGAAGUCUUUGAUUGUUGGUUUGAAAGUGGAAGUAUGCCUUAUGCUCAAGAACAUUAUCCCUUUGAAAAUAAAGAAGAAUUUGAGAAAUCGUUUCCUGCCGAUUUCAUUGCCGAGGGAAUUGAUCAAACUCGAGGAUGGUUUUAUACACUGUUAGUUAUAUCAACCGCAUUGUUUGAUGAGCCACCUUUCAAGAAUCUCAUUGUUAACGGACUUGUUUUAGCAGCUGACGGUUCUAAAAUGAGCAAAAGGAAGAAAAAUUAUCCUGAUCCAAUGGAAGUUAUAAAUAAAUAUGGUUCAGAUGCUUUAAGAUUAUAUCUUAUAAACUCGCCAGUAGUCAGAGCUGAUACUCUGAAAUUUCAAGAAAAAGGUGUUAAAGAUAUCAUUAAAGAUGUUUUUUUACCUUGGUUCAAUGCUCACCGAUUUCUUUUACAAAAUAUUCAACAAUAUGAAAAGGAAAAUGGAGUGAAAUUUAUGUACGAUGAGUCAAAGCUGACUGAUUUGAAUAACAUAAUGGAUAAGUGGAUUCUUUCGUCAGUCCAAUCUCUUGUUGUAUUUUUCGAACAAGAAAUGACAGCUUACCGUUUGUACACUGUGGUUCCACGUUUGGUUAGGUUUAUUGAUCAAUUGACAAACUGGUAUGUCAGAUCGAACAGAAAACGAAUAAAGGGUGAGGUUGGUGUAGAAGAUAGUUUAAUGGCCAUGCAGACAUUGUUUUGUGUUAUUUAUUCAAUGAAUAGAAUGAUGGCACCAUUCACACCGUUUCUGACUGAAUUUAUGUAUCAAAAGAUGAAGAAAUUCAUUGAAUUUGACAAAUGUGAAGAGCACAAUGAUAGUAUUCAUUAUCUGAUGCUUCCUAAAUUAAGAAAAGAUUUGAUUCAUGAAGAUAUCGAGAGAGCUGUUGAUCAUAUGCAGUCGGUAAUUGAAUUAGGUCGUGUGGUUAGGGACAGAAAAACUUUACCGAUCAAGUACCCUUUACCAGAAGUCGUUGUAAUACACCAAGAUCAUGAAUAUUUAAAAGACGUCGAAUCUUUGGAAAGUUAUAUUGUUGAGGAAUUGAAUGUAAAGAAACUGACUGUGUCAUCAGAAAAAGAUAAAUAUGGAAUUAAACUGAAAGCAGAGCCUGAUAAUCAAACUUUGGGUAGAAGACUUAAAGGAGAUUUUAAGAAAAUCUCUGGAGCAAUAAAAGAACUGACAGACAGUCAGUUGAAGCAAUAUGUCAAGGAUGGCGAAAUUACUAUUGCUGGACAUAAGCUAUCUGGAGAAGACAUAAAGUUGAUUUACACCUUUGAUCAAAACAGCUCGUCGAAAUACGAAGCUCAUUCUGAUAAUGAUGUUCUCAUUUUGCUUGAUGUCACGCCAGAUCAGUCAAUGUUGGAUGAAGGAGUUGCUCGAGAAAUCGUUAAUAGAAUACAAAGACUCCGUAAGAAAGCAAAUUUACAACCGACUGAUGACAUCACUCUGACGUAUGAGAUUACGUCAAUCGGUGACAAGGAGAAAGCAAUGUAUCUGAAAUCGGUUAUUAACAAUUAUAUGGCAUAUAUUACUGACGCUAUAAAACAACCUAUCGUUGCCUCUGAUUCUAAUGUCCAACUGCCGUUUAUAACAGAGGAAAAAGUCGAGUUAAAAGGCAGUCAACUGACACUAUGGAUCUACCGUGGACAUUCGUCGUCAGUGGGCUCAGGACCAACACCAUUCUGUAACUUUGUCAAUAUAAAACUUGCUUACGAUGUCAAACCUGGAGCAGGUGUGACUGGGAGUAUGGGAACCAUUCUACUAGAAAAUCCUAAAGGAGAAUUUCCUUUAACAUAUGAGGAGUUAUUUAAGCAGGUACGAAAUGUAUUUGGAUUAUAUGGUAAAAAGAUACGUCUCUCUCUGGAUGCUGAGGGAAAAUCGGAGAUGACAUCAUUCGAACCAUGUGUAAAGUCAGGAUCAACCGUUUAUGUAUUUUCAAAAUGAUACCAACUUAACUGACCCAUUCAUAAUUAUGGUUCAUAAUUUACAAAAUUGAGACAAUUGCAAGAGAAUAUAAACCAACUGACAUGGUCAGUAUACAUGGAAAGUUGCAUAUUAAAAUUCCUUUAAAAUUUGUA